GGGACACAGGACAUGGGGCCUAAAGCCUCUGACAGUGGGAGUCUGGUUGACAAGGAAGCUACAUUCUAAAGAUUAUGGGCUGCAAGGGGAAGCAAAGAUGGUUCUUUUUGGCCUGGCUUCUCAUUCUGGAGGCAUUUACCUGGAGAGAGACCCAGGCAGUACACCACAGGCAUGUAGCUCAGUUCACUGCAGUGACCACAACCCACUCUCUCUUGGAACUAAAGGAAAUUAGCUUCAUGGAUGAUAUUGAAGUGGGAUCUUAUAGCAGUAUACACGAGCAAAUUAUUGUCAAGAUACCCUGGGUCUCCAAAGCAGUGGGAGUCGAUCUCAUCACCGAGAUGCAUAAUUUAUUUGUAGAACAUGAGCAACACAUCAGCUGGAUCCUCCAAUAUUUUACGAAGAAUGGCACUAACCAUAAUAGAAACCACACAGGGCAGCUCCUUGCAGACUGUGAAAUAGACAAUGACAUCAAGGUCAAGAGCCAUAUCCACUUAAUUUGGGAUGGAGAGGAAUAUUGCAAGAUAGAUGAAGAAGUUGGGCACUGGGAGAAUGUAAAGCCUGACUUCAAGAAAUACCAGCACAUUCUGGAGAGUCUUUACUGGACCAAUAUAAGGAAACGCUACAUGAAUCAAUAUUGUGUUGACCUGCUAAGGAAAAUUGUUGGAUACUCAAGCUUAAGGGAUAAUUUGCCCCCUGAGGUGACCACAUCUCGCCAUGUCAACCCAGAAGGCAGCAUCAUUCUCUCCUGCACAGCCACAGGCUUCUACCCUCGCUCCAUCCUACUGCAUUGGGAAAUGGAUGGGAAGCUUGGUGUAUGGGGAAAGGAGACUUCCAGUGGUACCCUGCCCAAUGCAGAUUCCACCUUCUAUCUCCAAGUUACCUUAAAGCUCCCACCAGAGGACUCAGGGAUGGGUUAUAUUUGUGUGGAGGAACACAUUGAGCUUAAGAUUCCUGCUGUGUAUCCAGAGAUCGCUGUCAGUGGCUUGGAAAUAAGGCAUCAAGGUUCAACAGGUCAGCUAGAAGGAUCUUUACCAUCUCCUCCUUCUCCUACUCCCUCCAUUACAGUAGAGGAAUGGACUAUGCCAAGGACAAGACUCUAGGCAAGACAAUCCUGUCUUCUUUGGGGUUCCCUGAACAUUAGUCUUAAUGCUGUCCCUGAAUGAUCUCUCUCUACCACAAAGAUUUUUGUCCUUUCAUGCAAAGGCCAAGGCAAAAUUCUUUGAAAAGUAAUAGGUUAUAAAUAUCUAAAUUUGAAAUAUUGUUAUGCAUUUAAUUUUAAAUAGCAAGCACAAACAUGCACUUACAACCAUUUAUACUUGAUAACAAAUUCAUUGGUAUAAUAUGCCCAUAACAGUGCAUUGGUUUAUUGCUGAUUCAUUUCAAUUCAACAAGUAUUUUAAAGGCCCCUAAGAAGCACCACUGACACAGCAUUAGGCCUGGAGUCAAGAACAAUUGAGUUCAGAUCCAGCCACUGACACAUUUGCCUUAGAUAACAAUGGAGAUGAUAAUAGAUAGAUCAUUGCUGUAGUGAGGAGGACCUGAGUUCAAAUCCAGCCUCAGACACUUUACACUUACUAGCUAUGUGACGGUGGGAAAGGCACUUCCAAUUCCCCCACAAAAACAAACAAACCAGGCAGGGUAGAAUGGAGAGGGGGGCAGUGCUGAAGACCACCAGAGUGCCCAUGAAUCAGCUUAAAACACAGAAGAUGGGAGCAUGGAAGUAUUGCUACUACUGUAUUCAAUUUCAUGACUAUUUUUGUAAAGAAAUGAUCCAUACUUCCCAAACCUACCUCCUUGGUUAUUGUAAGGAUAAAAUGAGAUCAUAUUUGUAAAGUGCUUUGAAAACUGUAACAUAUUUUAUAAGUGCUAGCUAUUAUUAUCAUUAUUGUUAUUUAUUACAUGUCUGCUAUAUGUUAGGUAUCUGGAAAAUAAAUUUUUAAAAAAAAGGAAAUUCCUUGCCAUCAAAAAUCUUACUUUCCAGUGGAAGAAGGAGGAGAGAAGCAAAAUAUGCAUACAAUAUCAAAUGAAAAAUUCACAUGACAUAUCUAUCUUUUCAUCUUUUUUGAUCUGGGUUUGCAUUUUUUCCUUUUGUGAGGUUGUCCUCCUUCACUGAUGUCCUCUGCUGAUGCCUCAUCAUAGCACUGGUGAGCUUGGCUUAUGCAAGCUCUUCCUGUGGAGCACGAGCCCUGGCAGAUCCUACCUAGGUCAAGAAGCUCCAUUUGUGGGAUCAGAUGACUAUUGUCCCAACAUCAGUCUCUCUGAAUUCAUAAUGAUUCAGGAACAAGUGCCCACUGGAAUAAGCAAAUUUUUAUCUGAGGCAAUGGUGAAGAUUACCUAUUCAUUCAUAGAGAACUUGUUGUUUAUGUCAAUGAAGUAAGUGCCUACCCACCCAAGCAAAUCACAAGCUCUUCAAUUAUGGAAGAAUAGUUGUAAUCAAUGUCCUCUGCCAUGCUUUCUUUGAGUCCUCUUUUGCAAACUGUUCACCUAUCCUAGAAUUUUUCAGUGGUGCUUGGGCAUUGCACUCAAAUAUUCAUAUAUGUUCCUCAUAAAUUUUAUAUGUUAAGCAUUUAUCUUUAAUAUUUGAUGCACACUUUCCAAAUUUGACCUUGAUAAUUUUGUUUGUUUUGAAAAAGUUGGUAAUUUUUGCAAUAAACUCACCAGCACUCCUCU